CAUGGAAUUUUUUUCUUUUACAAUGUUAAUUGAGAGGUUUAGUUUGGUUGUUUAUUGUUAACUAUGAAUUUUUCUCAGUAACUUCUGUCUUGGUUUAUGCAGCUUUAAUGGCAACUGCGGCCCUUAGUAAGAAAAAGGGACCAAAAGCACAGAAGCCCCCACCAAAAAAGAAGCAGAAGAAGCAUGAUAUGCUUGCUGCAAAACGUUCCAAGAAGGAAGAUAUUUCUGAUGAUUCUGAUUCUGACAUUUCAAAUGAGGAAGUAAAAGACCCUCGAGAAUUUGAAGAGAAAGAGCAAGAAUCUGAUUCUGAUGCUGAUUCAGAAUUAUUUUCAGAUGGAGAUGAUCCCCUUGCUGAUGAUUUCCUUCAAGGAAGUGAAGAUGAAGACAAAGCUUCGGCUUCAGGUUCUGACUCUGGCUCUGAUUCAAAAUCAGAUUCAGAUGAUGAAUCUGAUAUUGAAAAGAAUUCAAGAGCUAUUGAUGAAGCUCGAGCAAGGGAAGAAAAAGAGGCUCUUGAAUCUAAGUUGUAAAAUAUUAUUUUACUCUAAUAUAAUUAAUAAAACUAUGUAGAUUAAUAAUCCAAAUUAAAUUUAUGACAA